CUAAUAAACCAUACAUCAGUGGAAAGCUUAUUUACUCAAUUUCGAAAAAUUGACACUUAAGACUGAUUUUGUGGUCCAUGGUUACAUAUGGCUGUGAAAAUCCUCAAGAAUCCUUGAUCUGCAUGAGAUUGUCUGUGAUUGUUGCUUAUCUCCACAGCAGCUGAAUGAAUAUCUGCUUUAAUCAGAAUCAAAAAGCAUUACUUUUUAAACAAGAAAUUAUUCCUGGCAGGUUUGAUGCCAGUGUCAUUCUUCAGCCAACACUGAUUUAAUCAUUUUACACACAGAAGGCUGGAAGUGUGUUAAAGCAGUUAAAACAAAGAAACGUGUUUUAUCUGUUAUUAGACACAUUAUUCAAGUAGUCUGAUUAUCAGUGUUGAAAUAUACAUAUGAUACUGAGCGAAGUACAGAGGGAGGAGCAACAAACCUGCAAAGUCACGGCCUCACAAACAAUAUGUUUAUAAUCUCCUUCACACUCCUGAUCUUUACUUUCUCUCUCGCAACAUGAACACAUCUGCACACUGAAAACCAGGAAGUGUGUGGAUUCAAGAGAAACAAAACCUAGUCCCUGCUACACGAUUUCCUCUAUUUUGGCUGAAGCUGUAGAGGAGCAAAUAUUUUACUUUUGUUUUAUGUCAAAGCAGCAGAGCAGUUUGUAUUAGAGGUAUAAACUAUCUGCAAAGAAAUGGCUGAAUCUGCAGCGAGUCAGUGUGAGGAUCAGUUCAUCUGUUCAGUCUGUUUGGAUCGGCUGAAGGAGCCGGUGACGAUUCCCUGUGGACACAGUUACUGUAUGAGCUGCAUUACUGACUGCUGGGAGCAGAAGGAGCAGGAGCCGCCGUACAGCUGUCCCCAAUGCAGAGAGAGCUUCAGUCAGAGACCUCUACUAAAGAAGAACACUCUGAUAGCAGAGAUGAUGGAGACGCUGCAGAAGACGUCUCUACAAACGGCUGCUGUGGAGUGUGAUGUUUGCACUACAGAGAAGAGCAGAGCUGUAAAGUCCUGUCUGCAGUGCUUGGCCUCCUUCUGUCAAACUCACCUGCAGCUUCACUAUCAAUCUCCUGCGUUUAUGAAGCACAAACUAGUCGAUGCGUCCAGAAACAUUCAGGAGAACAUCUGCCUCAGUCAUAAAAAACCUCUGGAUAUUUACUGUCAGGAUGACGGUCAAUGUGUUUGUUAUCUGUGUAUGAUUGAUAACCAUGCUGGCCACAGAGUGGUGUCUGUGGAUUCAGAAUGGACUAGUAAAAAGAAAGAGUUAAAAGGGAUCAAGAUGGCUUGUCAAAAGCUGAUCGAGGAGCGUGAGAGAGGUCAGCGGGAACUCAGUGAAGCUGUGAAGCACCUUAAGAGUUCAGCAGAAGAGGCCGAGGAGAACAUUGAGAAGGUCUUCACUGAGCUCAUCUGCUCUCUGGAGAAGAAACGCUCUGAGAUUAAAGAGCAGAUCAGAGAUCAGGAGAAGACUGAGACAGAUCGAGCAGAGGAACUUCACAAACAUCUGGAUCAAGAGCUGACAGAACUCAGAAAAACACAAACAGAGAUUGAGAAACUUCUGAUUACUGAUGAUCAGAUCCAUUGUCUCAAGAGCUGUCAGUCUGUGUGUGUUUUACCCACAUUUGAAGACGUUCCCAGCUUCAUUCAACACACUCAUCUGUCUUUUAAAGACAUUUCAGUCUCAGCAUUCAGAGAGGUUUUGGAGGACGUCUGUCAUCAGCAAACAGCCAGAAUAUCUCAAGACGUGUCAAACAUUCAUAUUUCAGAGUCUCCAGAACCUAAAACUCCAAAUGAUUUUUUGCAGUAUUUCUGUGACAUUCGCCUGGAUCCACACACUGCACACGAAUGCCUCUUCCUGUCAGAAAAGAACAGAAAGGCUUCAUUUUUAAAUGAAAUCCGGAGAUCAUAUAAAAACACAGCGCAGUUUGACUGUUUUCCUAAUGUCCUGUGUAUGAAGGGUUUGAGCGGUCGCUGUUACUGGGAGGUUGAGUGCAGUGGGAGCGACUGGUCUGUAGCAGUUUCCUACAGAGGAAUUGGUCGUAAAGGACGAAGUAAUGACUGCAGACUUGGGUUUAAUAACAAGUCCUGGAGACUGACCCACUGUCGCCAGGAUUUCUAUGUCAGACAUGAUGAUAAACAAGUCAAUCUUUCUCCUUUCCCCUCCUUUAGAAUAGGAGUGUAUCUGGAUCAUAAAGCAGGAACUCUGUCCUUCUACAGCGUUUCUGACACAAUGACCCUUCUUUACACAUUCCAGACCACUUUCACUGAACCCCUCUACCCUGCAUUUGGGAUUGGAGAAGGUUUUAUCAGGAUCAUAGGGCAGAGAAGAAUUCUCAAAUCCCACAAAUAAAAGACGAGCAAAAUUUCACUAUGUUCACUAUGUUCUUAUGUACUCUGAACGAUUAAACCCAAGACUGUAGUUCAUCGUUAAGACAAAUGGUGUCAACUUUAGCUUGUCUAUUCAUUUUAAUGUGAACUGAUUCUCAAAGUAAAGCCUUCUGCGGUGGCUUUGCUAUUGUAGUUCUGUUUCAUGGUUUUCUUUUUCUUUUUUUUUUGGUGAGGGUUUAUAUAAACAAAUAUAAUCUCUGUGUAUUGUCUUUAUAUGUUUGUAUUAUACCCUGCAUGAACAUAUUAUUAGGGUAUGUAAAUGCAUACUUCACAUUUGCAUUCUACCUUCUUAUGGGAAGCAAUUAUAGCAUAUACAGUAUGAUGAAUAUGGUAAUAUUCUCGAAUGAGACGCAUAAAUGGAGCUUACCUGGAUGUCAUUUUGUGGCAAUUUUCUUUUCCCUGCAUAUUGCUUUAUAUGUAUUAAAUGGUAAUAAUGGUAACUUUCAACAUUUGAUAUGUUAUCUAUAUUCUAUUGUGGAUAAAAUAUAAGUUUAUGAGAUUUGUAAA